AUAUUCUUUGAUCUUGACACAGUUAAUAAUAAUAAGCUUUAAGGAAUUGCCAGAAGUUAAAAAUAGCUCAUGAUUCAAAGAAAUUCUUAGAUUUUAGUGAUUAAGCGCGAUUGUUUUGUUUACAAAUAAGUUAAAUUAAUUAUCUCAUUAUUUGUGCAUAUUGUAUAUAAAAUAAAUCACUCAUCAUGAAUCCUAUGACAAAUAUGAAAAAUGUCACCAAAUUGAGUGAACAGGAACUAAAAAGUGGCAAUAAGACAAGUUGGCAUGAUCAAUACAGAGGCAGUUCGUGGAUAUUUGUUGGUGGCUUGCCGUAUGACUUAACCGAAGGAGAUAUAAUUAGUGUAUUCUCUCAGUAUGGGGAAAUUGUAAAUUUAAAUCUCAUACGUGACAAAAAAACAGGAAAACAAAAAGGAUUUAGCUUCGUUUGUUACGAAGAUCAGCGUUCAACUGUACUUGCUGUUGAUAAUUUAAAUGGAAUUAAGAUACUUGGGAAAUCCAUUCGAGUUGAUCAUGUUCAAGAUUAUAAGCCUCCAAAAGAUGAUGAUAGGUAUGAUGAUCUAACAAGGAAAUUACAUACUGAAGGAUGUGCACCAAAAAUAGGAGAUCCACAAUAUAUUAGAGCUGAAACGUCUGUUAAACGUGAAAAAUCACCAGCCAGGCGAGAUUUUAAGCGUGAGAGAUCAUCAAACAGACGUAAUGAGUCUCCAAUUAGGCGUGACAUCAAGCGUGAAGUAUCACGAGUUUCAAACAGAUCUACAAGAAGACGAUCGAGGAGUAAUGAACGAAAAAGAAAAGAUUCAUCAAGUGAUCGAAGUGAUGGGAAGCACCGGCAUCACCACAAACAAUCCAGCAAGAAGAAAGACAGGAAAAAACGUAAAAGACGUUCGUCUACUACAUCAUCGAGUGAAAGUAAUUGAACUACGGAAUUCCCCCGUACAUUUUGUUGCUAUUUUAUUACAAAAUUAACGAAACGAAAAUAUACAAAACAAAAUUUCCAAACGAUGAAGAUAAUCUUGUUAUAGCUAAAUUUGGUAUUUACGCUUUUUCUUGACUCUUUUUUUUUCUUUUCAAAAAAAAGUUCUUUUUCGAGGUCAUGAAUUAUUAAUGAAAAAGUUCUUGUCAAGCUAAUCUACAUGGUACAAUGUUUCAUUCAAAGG